AGCCAUCAGCAUCCAAAAUCAGCUGAUCCGCAGCCGAUUGCCUCAGCUUGUUGGGCUGCCUGGACCUCUUCCAGCUCUGAGUCGUUAGAGCCAUGAUGAUGAAAGCCGCCGCCGCCGCGGCACUUGUGGCUUCUGCCUCUGCAGAGCUGGGGGCAUCUUUGCAUCUGGGCCAUGACCAUUUCGGAGGUCAUGAGAUGGAGCGGUCCUUCCUGAUGUACACGGAGUUGCCCAUGGGAGAGGCGGCCUUGAAGGCAAAGGGCUGGCACAAGCACGGGUCGACUUGCGACCCGCACCUGGGCUACGCCUGGACCGAGGAGGCGGCAGGCAACACCAAAUCCGCGCCCAUCGUGCUGUACACCACUCAAGGCGGCCAGGUGUCGGGGGUUGGUAUGACCGUGGUGGGCUACGAUGGAAACUCCCCCAUGCCAGCGGAGCAGAAGAAGUGGGCCACUGCCUCCCCCCUGGCGCCUGCGGAUAUCGCUGAGGAGGUGGCCCACAUCGACGUGGCGUUCCGCUCCGGAGAGAUCGUUUGCUCCGGGAAGACGGAGGCAGCGUCCGUGGGCACGACGCUGAUUGUGAAUCCUGCGGGUGGAGCUGGCAAGUCCAUGACGAUUCCGCUGAAGGAGGCCGAAGUGCAAAAGCAGGGCUGGCACAAGGGCUCGUGCUUUGACGGCAUGGGCUACCACUGGUUCCUGGACACCAGCAAGCAGGACGGCACCAUGUCCUGGAUGGCGCAGAACCUCUUCCCUGUGGUGGCCAUGUACCACGAGGGGGAGAUGAACGCGAUCUUCUUCGCGGCGCACCUGAGCCAAGUCUCCAUCCCCUUCCUGAAAGCCAACGAGUGGGACCCCGCUGGCCUGGACAGCGAGAAGAUGUGCAAGAACACUUGCGACGAAGAUUGCGACUUCAAGGGAAUGGUGGAUACCUUCUCCACAGCCCACGUCUACUUCCGCGACCAUAAGGAAGUGACCUGCCCGUCGGAUCUCAAGUGCGGGAUCACCUUCCCGCUGCGAGCCAGCUGCUGCGAAGCCGAGCGCGCGGCGGUGCUCGUGUAAAGAUUUCCCGGGAGCGCGAAAUCGGGCGGCGCUUAGCGGCCGUUUAGCGGCCCCACAGAGUGAUGUUGGUAUA